AUGAUCUCCCAGCAAUCUGCACGCAUCUUCCUUGGCCGCAGCUUUUCCCACAAUCCAACCUGGCUCGCCCUGUCACGCAGCAUAACUCUUCAUGCAUUCAGCGCCGUGCGCGAGCUUCGCGUGUACCCAUCACUCCUCCGUCCGCUGGUUGGGUGGUUUCUCCCCGCAUGUAAAUUGCUUCGUGGUGAGAUAGCCAAAGCCCGGACGCUCAUUGAACCCAUUAUCAUAGCGCGAAGAGCGGAAAGAGAGCGAUGCAUAGCCGAGGGCCUCGAGCCACCAAUUUACCUGGAUACAAUCACCUGGGCGGAAGAAUGUGCACGCGGACGCAAAUACGAUCCAGCCGUAAUACAGCUCACCCUGGCACUAUCGGCCAUGCAUAACACCUCGGAUUUUUUUACGCAAGUGUUAUACGAUAUAGUGGCGAGACCGGGGCUAGUAGAGGAGCUGAGGAAGGAGAUUAUUGACGUCCGAGCGGAUGGAAGGGCAAGAGAGUUUUGGAAUAAGGGGGCAGUGCACCAGCUAAUGUUGAUGGAUAGUGUCAUGAAAGAGAGUCAGCGAUUGAAGCCCACAGGUUUAGUAAACAUGCGGCGCUAUGCGACUGAGAAGAUCUGCCUCCCUUCGUGUGACCCUGGAGACAACGACGGCCUCACAAUCGAAAAAGGAGACUUGCUGAUGAUUUCACAACACAAUCACUGGGAGGAAGAGGUCUACCCCAACGCGGCGCAUUUUGACCCUUACCGGUUCUACAAGAUGCGCCAGACGCCCACCCAACAGCAUGCUGCACAUUUUGUAGCGACGAGCGUCAACCAUAUCGGAUUUGGACAUGGGGCGCAUGGCUGUCCUGGCCGAUUCUUCGCGGCCGCCGAGACUAAGCUUGCGCUUUGUCACAUUUUGAUGAAAUACGACAUCAAACUUGUGGAUCAGCCCAAGGUCUUCACUGUUGGUUCCAUUACGAGUGCAGACCCCGUUGCUAGGGUUGCUGUGAGAAGGAGGAAGGAAGAGGUGUCUUUGUAA